AUGGAAAGAAGUGAAGUUUAUCCACACAUAGCCUCCGCAGCUUAUCCGCUAGCUACAGUAAUGCAAACAGCGUCAGUUUACCUCACCAUGACAGUAUCCCUAGAACGCUACGUAGCCGUCUGUCACCCCUUGAGAGCUAGAUCGCUAUGCACUUACGGACGCGCCCGCAUCUACGUCAUAGUGAUAGUAGUGUUCUCGUUCCUCUACAAUAUUCCAAGACUGUGGGAAGGCAAGAUCAAGUCCGAAUGGUCGCCCGAGUACAACACAACGAUUUAUUGUCCUGUUCAAUCGGAUUUCCGGGAUAACGAAAUCUAUCAGACUGUCUACAUACAUUGGCUAUAUUUGAUUUGUAUGUAUUUGGUGCCGUUUUUGUCGUUGGCUGUUUUGAAUGCACAUAUUUAUAGACAGGUGAGUGAAGUAGGCCAUUAG